AUGGUUUCAUCUGAUGCCCAAGGGCUCAUUGACUCCAAGAAUCAGCUAACCACAUCGCUCAGUCUAAUGGGAACCAUUACGAAGACAUGCGGGUAUGCAAGACUCGGUCAGUGUAGUGAAGAAACCGCCUGCGAAUCUAAGGAAACAGCCAGCCCGCAAUCGUGUCGUUUUGUGAAGCACCAAUUUCAUCGUUUAUCCUCGCAGAAAGCAAGGGUACUGCAUGAUAUCGGCUGUCCGCCUGUCAGAUAUGUGCGGCAGAGCACAUUGACGAAACAGGACGAGAACUAUGUACCCAGGUCAUGGAAAUCCUAG